GCCCCCCUCCUGAUAGUAUCUUCUGACCUUGGGGCAAUCAGGACAUCUACAUCACCUCACAUGUGUACAGUACAAGAGUACACGUACUUAAUCUUUCCUAUGUCUAAAGUGCUGGACAGGCUCAACACAUUUUAUCACUCUCUCAAGAAUAUGAAAGCGAUUCGAGUACACAAGUUUGGAGGGCCCGAGGUCCUAAAAUACGAGACCGAUGUUUCCAUUCCGAAAUUCGGUUCCAGUGAUAUCCUCGUCAACGUCAAGGCUGUUGGAAUCAAUCCCGUUGAGACAUACAUCCGAGCCGGUACGUAUGCACGGAAACCACAACUCCCAUUUACCCCCGGCAACGACUGUGCCGGAAUCGUCGAAGAAGUCGGCUCAAACGUCACCGAUUUCAAGAAAGGAGAUCGUGUGUACACAACCCAAACCCUAACAGGAGCGUAUGCUGAAUUCACUAUUUCUCCAUCGAAUAAAGUUCAUAUUCUGCACAGUGGUCUCUCUUUUGCCCAAGGAGCCGCUCUCUCUACUCCAUACCUCACUGCGUACAGGGCCCUGUUUAUACGAGGGGCUGGUAAACCAGGUGAGACGGUGCUCGUACAUGGAGCUAGUGGUGGGGUGGGCGUGGCUGCUGUACAGUUUGCACGGUCAUGUGGAAUGCUAGUACUGGGCACAGCUGGGACCCCUGAGGGCAUCGAGAUUGUCAAGAAAGCCGGUGCACACUUUGCCUUCAAUCAUCGCAGUACGGACUAUCUGGAAGACAUCAAGAAAGCAAUUAAAGAGAAGGCAAUCGAUGUAAUUGUCGAAAAUGCCUCGCAUAUUAAUCUGGGAAAAGAUCUCACCCUGCUCGCUAAAGGUGGACGUGUUGCAGUGGUCGGCAGUCGAGGACAAGUGGAGAUUAAUCCGAGGGACACAAUGGCCAGAGAAGCAUCCAUUUCCGGAGUGAUGUUAUCUAAUUCAUCAGAGAAAGAAUUCAAAGAAAGUUAUGCGGCCAUUUGGGGAGGAAAGGAGGCCGGUUGGUUGAGGCCUAUAAUUGGGAAGGAGUUUACACUAGAGAAUGCUUGCCAAGCUCACGCAGAUAUUAUAUCCGGGGGAGGGGCCCUCGGAAAGACUGUUCUGACUGUGUCUUAGUUAGAUGGUAGAACGUGUACUGUACCUGUGUAAUCAUGGAAGUGUAUGUAUACAUGGCAUGGUCAUAUUUUUGCUUUGACCGUUAUUAUCAAGAUCAAUUGUUUUGCUAAUGGCGCCAUAA